ACACCCACUUCACUCACACCAUCUUCUAGAUACCCAGUUGUUCUCUUCUUACACUCCUUGAAUAUGCCACGCGAUCCGCUCAUUGGUCUUGUGGGAAAGCCCUCUUCAGGAAAGUCGACGACGUUGAACAGCUUGACGGAUGCCACCUCCAAAGUCGGAAACUUCCCAUUCACAACCAUUGAUCCCCAGCGCGCAAUCGGAUACCUCCAGAUCGAAUGCCCCUGUGCGCGCCUCGGGCUCAGUGAGCGCUGCAAACCAAACUACGGGUCUUGCAACGAGGGCCGCCGUUCAGUCCCCAUUGAGCUGCUCGACGUCGCGGGGCUCGUCCCAGGCGCACACUUGGGCAAGGGCCUCGGCAACAGAUUCCUCGACGACUUGCGCCAUGCGGAUGCGCUUGUGCACGUUGUCGACGUGAGCGGGACGACGGACGCCGAGGGCAAAGCAACGCGCGGGUACGACCCCAGCCAAGACAUCGUAUGGCUGCGCAGCGAAAUCGUGCGGUGGAUCCAGGGCAACCUGAUGGAGAAGUGGGGCAGCAUCAAGCGGCGCCAUGUAGCCGUCAAAGCCACAGCCGUGGAGACGCUGCAGAACCAGUUCUCGGGCUACGGCAGCACGAGCGCAGUCGUAGCGCGGUGUCUGGAUAAACUCGCAUUAAAGGAACACCUGCAGGACUGGAGCAACGAGACGAUAGAAAGAGUGGUGAAUGCGUUUACAGACGAGAAAUUCCCCACCGUCAUCGCCCUCAAUAAAAUAGACCAUCCCGACGCAGACAAGAAUAUCGCCAAGAUCGCGAAGAUUCAACCCCCUGAGAGUAUCGUGCUGUGCAGCGCCAUCUCAGAGGUCUUCCUGCGCAAGCUGGCUAAGCAGGGGUUUGUCAAGUACGUCGAGGGCAGCGAGUUCGUCGACACGCGCGACGACCUAGUCGAACAGGGCGACCCCUCGGGCGGCGGCCUGAAGGAACUCGACGAGAAACUUAAAACGCGGAUUGAGAACCUGAAGGAUAUGGUGCUGUACCGCUUCGGGUCUACGGGCGUCGUCCAGGUCCUAUCCCGCGCUGCGCAACUCCUCGGCCUCGUGCCCGUGUUCCCCGUCAGGAAUAUCCACGCCUAUACGAGUGGGAGUGCGAGCUCGACGGCGGUGUUUCGCGAUUGUGUGCUGGUUAAGAAGGGGAGUACCGUGGGCGAUGUGUAUAGGAAGGUUAUGGGGGAUGCGCCGAUGGCGUAUGUGGAGACUGAGGGGGCGCGGAGGGUGGGCGAGGAUGAUGUUGUUGCUGUGGGGAAGAAUGAUAUUUUGUCGUUCAAGGUUGGACGGGCGUGAGAGUGAGGGGGGUUGUUGGGCAUGUCACUGGAGAGUGCGUGUUUUGAUGAGAUGAUAUGUAUACGCCUUCGAUAUCCACGGUUUUACAAAAAGUCAAAACUCCGAACUGCAUUGCCCAAGAAUCCAGUUGUAUACAACUUCCACUUCACACCGUAGCCGACCCCCUAAACGACAUGCGCUCCACAGUCCUCACCCACCUCCUACGCCUCCACUCCCCCUUCCUAGCCGGCGCAUGACUCUCCCACGCGCGCCGCAAGACCGCCCUCUCCUCCUCCCCCACAUCCC